ACUUGAUCUAAAGGGAAGAAAUGGUUCUCAAACAGUCCCAGGAAGAAAGAAGAGAGAGACCCUGAGGACAAUAGUGAUGCUAUGAACAAUUCUUUGGAAGAUGGUGAAAACACAAAGGGCUUUGGCUGGUGCAGAAAAGGAAGAACUGACUAGACUAAGAGAGCAAGUGAAUGACUUGCAGACAAAAUUAUCGGAGAAAGAAGAGGUUUUAAAGUCAAUGGAAAUGUCAAGGAACCAUUAUCAAAAAAAUGUCAAGGAACCAGGUAAACGAUAUCCAAGAAAAGCUUGAAGCAACAAAAACGAUUGGUUGCUGAGAAGGAGAUGUUGGUUAAGUCUAUGCAGUUACAAUUAUCGGACACGAAGAUCAAACUUGCAGACAAGCAAGCUGCCCUUGAGAAGACUCAUGACCUUAAGAUUGCCCUAAAAUCCUCUUUCCCUCCCGCUUCUUUUUUUCCCAAUUUCCAUCUGUAUUUCAAGAAAAAUAAAUUGAGUCUGAAGAGUAGAGUUGCUGCUGUUAUUAACAAUGACGGUGAGUUCGUGAGUUUGGUUCCUUAUGUUAAGAAGGAACAUCCACAGACUCCAAAACCCGAUUUAUUAAAACCCUCAUUGAGUUCUUCUGAGAGACGUGGCUGCACUCAUGGAAUAUAAAGGCUUGUCUUUGACCGAGACAGCAGCUUAUGUUGUUGACCAAUCCGUUCCCAGAGGAAGCUGUGGACUCGUUGCUGUCUCUGCCAAAGCUGAAGUCACACUACCGGUAUGUUCAGGGCUUGUGCUACCGAAGAUGGUUACUCUGAGAUCGCAAUCUGGCCAAACAACUGAUACCACUAGACUUGCUUGCAGUCUUUAGAAUCGGCCGGUUUGAAUCGUAGUCGGAUCAGUAAAGUUAAAACAAAAGGGUUAAGAUGCAAAUUAAUAAAACCAUCAUUGUUUGUUUGUUAUGGGUUCUCUUUAGGCUUUCGUGUUCACUA